CUGCUCCUUGCGUCGUGUACGUAAUAGGCUUACCACGUGUGAUGCGUUCCCCUUGUGUAGCUAGGUGAAGUAGUGGCGCAGCUGACAAAGUAAAAAAUUUCAGAUUUGUUUUGUUCGGAUUACUUUCAAAAUGUUUCUUGGCAAAGAUGUACCAUGGAGGCAACUCGAAGGCAUGUCGUUUGGCAUGUAUUCAUCAGAAGAAAUCAGGAAGUUGAGUGUGAAGACAAUCACCAACAACAGAUUUCUGGAUAAUGUUGGCAACCCCGCCACCAAUGGCCUGUAUGAUCUGUCACUUGGGCCUCUGGAUGCCAAAGAAGUGUGUGCAACAUGCAUGCAGGAUUUCAACAAUUGCCCUGGACACCUGGGGCACAUCGACCUGCCACUGCCUGUCUACAACCCCCUCUUCUUUGACAAAUUGUACCUGUUGGUUCGGGGGUCUUGCCUGAGCUGCCACAUGCUGACAUGCCCAAGGGCAGCUGUCCACCUGCUUCUUAACCAGCUUAGGGUGCUGGAGGUAGGGGCACUGCAGGCUGUGGAUGACCUGGAGGCUGAAUUGAAUCAGUUCCUGGAGGGUAAUGCCCAGGCCAGUGGGUUUGAGAUCCAGGAAGUGCUGGAGGACUUUUCUACAGGAGUGAUUAGAGAGCACAGCGAGAGAGGCUGUGGUUCACCUGUCAAACACAUCUGUGAGAGAAAGAGCAACCUCAUUACAAAGUUUUGGAGGGUGCACAUGGUCUCCCGGAGAUGUCCCAUCUGCAAAACUGGCCGAACUCAAGUGCGUAAAGAGCACAACAGCAAGCUGAUUGUGAUUCUGCCAACAGCAAUGUGUAAAGGGAACAAGAAAGAGGGUGAAACAGAAGUAAUAGAAGAUUCACAGCUUGGGAAAAGGGGCUACCUGACUCCCAGCAUCGCAAUGGAGCAUGUGGCCAAACUGUGGGAGAAGGAAGGUUUCUUCCUGAAGUACUUGUUCUCAGGGAUGGAAGCUUGCCAUAAGAAUGGCUUCAGCCCCAAUAUGUUCUUUCUGGAAUUGCUUGUGGUUCCUCCCUCUAGGUACCGGCCCAUCAACCGCCUGGGCGACCAGAUGUUCACCAACGGUCAGACUGUCAACAUGCAGGCUGUAAUGAAAGACUGCAGCAUCAUCAGGAAGCUGCUGGUUCUCAUGGCGGCUGAGAAGGCACGGUCGCUCAGCAACAGUGGAGAAGAACUGGAGGAGGAAGCAACCAUCAGCAAGACUGACCAGGACAUCCUGGUAAGUCUUCCAGGUCCGACGAUCACGGACAAGUUCUACAACGUAUGGAUCCGUCUGCAGAGCCACGUCAACAUUGUCUUUGACAGCGAUAUGGACAAGAUGAUGACAGAAAAAUUCCCUGGGAUUCGUCAGGUUCUGGAAAAGAAGGAUGGACUUUUCCGGAAACACAUGAUGGGGAAACGUGUUGACUAUGCAGCACGGUCAGUCAUCUGCCCUGACAUGUACAUUGGAAUCAAUGAGAUCGGAAUACCAAUGGUGUUUGCAACAAAGCUGACAUACCCCCAGCCGGUUACGCCGUGGAACGUGAAGGAGCUGCGGCAGGCAGUGAUGAACGGACCCAACAUACACCCAGGUGCCUCCAUGGUCAUUAAUGAGGACGGCUCGAGCACUGUGCUGAGUGCCACCAACCACACCCAGCGGGAGGCUAUCGCCAAGCAGCUGCUCACGCCCUCCCAUGGCCCUCAGAAAAUGCCAAUGAAAAUUGUGAACCGACACAUAAAGAAUGGAGACGUGCUGCUCCUGAACCGACAGCCCACGCUCCAUCGUCCGUCCAUCCAGGCACACUGUGCUCGCAUCCUGCCUGGGGAGAAAGUCCUGCGACUGCACUACGCCAAUUGCAAGGCCUACAACGCCGACUUUGACGGAGACGAAAUGAACGCGCACUUUCCUCAGAGUGAGCUGGGCCGAGCCGAGGCGUACGCACUCGUCAGCACCUACCAGCAGUACUUGGUGCCUAAGGAUGGGAAACCGUUGGCUGGGUUGAUCCAGGAUCACAUGGUGUCUGGUACCAGCAUGACCAUGAGGGGCUGCUUCUUCACCCACGACCAGUACAUGGAGCUGGUCUACCGUGGCCUCACUGACCAAAGAGGGCGGGUGGCGCUGCUCCCACCCGCCCUGCUCAAGCCUCAUGCCCUCUGGACGGGCAAACAGGUUGUGUCAACAUUGCUGCUGAAUGUGAUUCCUGAAAACCACCUACCCCUCAACCUGACAGGCAAAGCAAAGAUCCCCAGCAAAGCCUGGGUAAAAUACCCACCCCGCCCCAUCCCAGGGUACCAGCCCGAUUCCAUGUGCGAAUCCCAGGUUAUUAUACGUCAGGGUGAGCUGUUGGUGGGGGUGUUGGACAAGGCCCACUAUGGCAGCUCAGCCUAUGGACUGGUACACUGCUGCUAUGAGCUGUAUGGUGGGGAGACCAGCAGCCACCUUCUGAGCUGCCUGGCACGCCUCUUCACUGCCUUCCUGCAGCUUUACCGGGGAUUCACCUUGGGUGUGGAAGACAUUUUGGUCAAACCCAGAGCGAACAAGAAGAGGACUAAGAUUAUUGCAGAGUCCAUUAAGUGCGGUGCUCAGGCUCUGCGAACGGCCUUCAACAUCCCCUCUACUGCCUUGGAGAGUGAGGCACGUGAUCGCUGGCAGGACGCCCACCUUAACCCUGACCAGCGUGACUUCAACACUGUGGACCUCAAAUUCAAGGAGGUGGCCAGCCUUGUCAACAAUGAUAUCAACAAGGUUUGUAUGCCGCAGGGACUGCACCGCCACUUCCCGGAGAACAACCUCCAGCUGAUGGUGCAAUCUGGGGCCAAGGGCUCCACCGUUAACACCAUGCAGAUCUCCUGCCUACUGGGUCAGAUUGAGUUGGAGGGCCGACGCCCACCCCUGAUGCCUUCUGGGAAGUCGCUACCAUGUUUUCAGCCCUACGACGUGUCGCCCCGCUCAGGGGGGUUUGUCUCUGGCCGGUUCUUGACAGGAAUCAAGCCUCCGGAGUACUUCUUCCAUUGCAUGGCUGGUCGGGAGGGGUUGGUAGACACCGCUGUGAAAACCAGUCGAUCAGGGUAUCUGCAGAGGUGUGUCAUUAAGCACCUGGAAGGCUUAGUGGUACAGUAUGACCUGACGGUGAGGGACAGCGACGGCAGUGUUGUGCAGUUCCUGUAUGGGGAAGAUGGCCUGGACAUCCCAAAAACACAAUUCCUGCAGCCUCGCCAACUCCCCUUUAUACAGGACAACUAUGAGGUCAUCAGGAAGUCCAAUUGCUUGGAUGAAGUGCUGGGUAGAAUGGACUCUGAGGCAGCAGCCAGCCACUUCAGAGCCCUUCGGAAGUGGAAGGCCAGGCGGGUCGUGGCCUCUUCUAGGGAUGGGCCAUUCUUGCUCUUCUCCCAGAAGAAACUGUCAAAACAGAAACGCCAGAGUGAGCAGGGGGACCUGUCUACUGGACGCGACAAAGCCACACUGCAGCUGGUGGAGCGCUGGCGUUCUCUCGAUGAUUCUAAACGCAGCAAAUACACAAGAAAGUCAUUGCGCUGCCCCGAGCCCUGUCUGGCCCAUUUCCGCCCAGACAUCUCCUUUGGGUCAGUCUCUGAGACAUUUGAUGUCAUCAUGGAAUCCUACCUCUCUAAGGAACUGGAAACUGACAGACUGAGGCAGCUGCUUCAGCUGAAGUGGCAGAGAGCACUGUGUGAUCCGGGUGAGGCUGUGGGGCUGCUGGCUGCCCAGAGCAUCGGGGAGCCCUCCACCCAGAUGACCCUGAACACUUUCCAUUUUGCUGGCAGGGGAGAGAUGAACGUAACACUGGGAAUCCCAAGGCUGAGGGAGAUCCUGAUGAUCGCCAGCUCCAGCAUAAAGACCCCCAUGAUGCGUGUUCCCGUGCUGAGCACUAAAAGAGCACUGAAGAAGGUCCAAACCAUCCGGAAGAGGUUAACACGUGUUUGUCUGGCAGAGGUGUUGCAGAGGCUAGAUGUGCAGGAGAUAUUUCGGGUUGAUGGAAAGCGUCAGAAAAACCGGGUCUUCAAGCUCACAUUCCACUUCCUGCCUCCAGAGCGCUACCAAGAUGAUAAUCUUCUGUCCCCCCAGCAGAUUCUGCGCUAUAUGGAAACUAGGUUCUUCCGCAUCCUGUUGGAGGCCAUAAAGAAGCGGAGUGCCAAGCUGGCAUCCAUAAACAGGGUAGACAUGCGGAAGGCCACUCAGAAGGACAGUGACCGGGACACUGGUGAUUCCCAGGACAGCCUGGGUAACAGCGAUGGCGAAGUGGUAGCAGAAGAGGGCGGUGAGAUUGUGGACGGCGAAGCCGAUGAGGGAGAUGCUGAUGCUACAGACACCAAACGGAGGGAGAAGCAGGAGGAGGAGGUGGAUUAUGAGAGCGAAGAGGGGGAGGAUGAGGAUGAGAGGGAUGAGCAGGCAGAGCAAGAGGAAACGUCUAUGGAGAUGGAGGUGGAGGUGGAUAAAGAGCAAGAGGAGGAGUGUACUGUGCCACCUGGGCUUGCUGACUGUGGCAAGCCAGAUGAGUCGCAGUCCCAGGAUAUGCUGAGGGUUAAUGCUGUCCUUGACAUAAGCCCAGCCAUCGAGACCUACACAUAUGACUGCGAGAACGGCCUGUGGUGUGAGGUAUCGCUGGCUCUACCUGUCAGCAAGGUGCACUUUGAUCUGACAUCCCUAGUAGGGACACAGGCACAGAGUGCGGUCGUGCAUGAGACCAAGGGCAUCACUCGCUGCCUGCUGACUGAGGUGACCACACCACAGGGCACCAAAGAGCUAAUGCUCAACACUGAGGGCAUCAACCUACAGGAGCUUUUCAAAUACAGCGAGAUUUUGGACCUGAACCGGUUGUACUCCAAUGAGAUUCACGCCAUGGCCAACACAUAUGGCAUAGAGGUGGCACUGAGGGUCAUUGAGAAGGAGAUCAAAGAUGUCUUUGCGGUCUAUGGUAUUGAGGUAGACCCACGGCACUUGUCCCUGGUGGCAGAUUACAUGUGCUUUGAGGGCAUGUACAAGCCCCUCAACCGCUUUGCUAUCCAGUCCAACUCCUCCCCUUUGCAGCAGAUGACGUUUGAAACCAGCUACAAGUUUUUGAAGCAGGCCACCAUGCUUGGUUCCCAUGACAGCCUGCAAUCUCCUUCAGCCCGUCUGGUGGUUGGGAAAGUGGUGAAGGGGGGCACGGGGCUCUUUGACUUGAAACAGCCACUCCAGUAGUAUCUGUGUUGGUCACGUAGUAGCAUCAACAGCACUGCAGUAUGCACCUCGAAGCCCACCCUGGUGCUGGGAAGGAAAUGGGCACCACCAUUCCGAGUGCCUCUGCACACCAAGCCAUACUGCAGUCAUGUGAACAAUAGCAGCCCCAUGCAGAUUGGGACUCAUUUGUUUCAGAGGCUUUUUCAAAGAUAUUUUUAAAUGAGCUAAUUUCAUUGCGUUGUUGAUUCUACGUUUGUACACUUCACCGUUGAUGCAUUCAUUUGAAAAUCUAAAUUGACUGCUUGGGUUUGUAUUACAUUUGUUUGAGUAAGUUAUUUAUGGGGAUACACUGUAAGUGCAAGUGUAUAAAUAAUGACAUGGUGUGAGUGUCCAAUAACACAAUGCUUCUGAGUGCAUUUUAAACUCUGUCUGCCCAACACAUUCAAAAGUAUUUCAUAUCAUUCAUAUGUAAGUAUUUUUAUCUAAGAAAGUUAUCACUGUGUGAUAAAUGUGAAAUUUGGAGGAAGGGAAUCCUUCCUUUGGAGUUUCAAUGCAAUAACGGCACAUGGUAGAUGUACCUAAUAAAGAGUGUAUGUUUGUUGCACUGACAGCAA